CGUCAAUUUAACAGAAUCUGUUAAAUCCUCGAGAGGUUCAAGUUUUGAGCGGGCAUUCCAUUGUGGGGAUUUGUGGGUUGGAUGAUUGAAUGGUUAGGGUUUCAAGCACAAUCAAUCCAUCUCUGGCUUCCUCUGGAUUUCGAUGGCUGGAGAGAAAUUCUUGUGGCAUUUCUUGCUCUUUGCAGAGCUAUUUGUGAGUUCUGCUGUGCAUCUAGCUUAUGGGCUUGUGAUAUUUGGAUCAGCAGUCCUUGCAGAUCUAUUGAGUGGCCGAUCGAUCGACUCAGCAUUUACUGUGGCAUCCGAAGCCGUGAAUCCGAGUGUCGCAACUUCAAUUGACGGGGGCAUUGCCACCACCGACACCCGUGAUGGAUCGGAUGUCACGCCUGUUGUCUUGCUUCACGGGAUCUUUGGAUUUGGGAAAGGGAAGCUGGGAACAAUUUCAUAUUGGGCUGGCGCUGAGAAGAAAUAUGGACGAGUUCUUGUGCCGGAUCUCGGCUCCUUGACAAGUAUUCACGACCGUGCUUGUGAGCUGUUCUACUUUUUAAAAGGAGGAACUGUUGAUUAUGGUGCUAGUCAUAGCUCCGAGUAUGGGCACGCACGAUUUGGAAGGACGUUUGAGCAAGGGCAUUUUCCGGAGUGGGAUGAACAUCGACCAGUGCAUUUUGUUGGCCAUUCCUCCGGAGCUCAAGUGGCACGAGUCUUGCAGGAAAUGCUUGCAAACAAGGAAUUUCCUGGCUACGAAAAUGCAUCCGCGGACUGGGUGCUUAGCAUCACAGCCUUGUCCGGCGCUCUCAAUGGAACAACUCGAGUUUACAUCGAUGGAAUCCAACCAGAGGAUGGUUGCACCUUAAAACCUCUCUGCCUUUUGCAGCUAUUGCGUGUGGGUGCUCUCGUCUACGAGUGGCUGGACAUAAGCUACCUUAAGAACUACUAUAGUUUUGGUUUUGAUCACUACAAUCUCCAGUGGCAGAAAGCUGGAUUGAUCGGUCUGGCUUCGUCCAUUGCUGGUUACUCUGGUCCUUUUGCUACCGGAGACUGGAUACUGCCAGACUUGAGCCUUCAAGCGGCAGCACGAAUUAACCGGAAGCUAAAGACUCAUCCCAAUACGUACUAUAUAAGUUAUGCAACGCAGAGAACAAUGAAAGUCUGUGGCAAAACAAUACCGUCGAGUUUACGCGGGAUCCAUCCUUUGCUCCUUUUGCGAACCUUGGAGAUGUGUUUGUGGCGUCAUCCCGGCCAUCUUUCGCUUCCAUUUUCCGGAUACAGAGAUGCCGAUUGGCAAGACAACGAUGGGGCAUUGAACACGAUAUCACAGCUUUAUCCGAGAUUUCCAUUCAGCCAUCCAAAUUCUUUGUUGGAUUCUUUGCAGGGCGAUCAACCAUUAAAACGAGGUCUCUGGUACUACACAGUUUUGGAAGCAGACCACAUCUUUUUUAUAAUCGAUCGCGAGCGUGCCGGCGUUCAUUUUGACGUUUUGUACGAUAGCAUUUUUGAGCGCUGCAGGAAGCAGAUGGUUAAAUCGACAAUUCAAGCUGUGAAGGAUGCCUCGCAAGCUUUGACAGGUUGACACAAUUCUUCAUUUUUUCUUGGUGUUUGUAUACUAAAUCUAAGCGACUAAUCAUACAAGCACUCGAGUGUACUCGAGAUGUGAUUUUUGAAGAGCA